GCUGCCGCCGCGGCGGCCGCUGCUGCCGCCGCCGCCGCCGCCUGGAUAUAGUGCGGCAAGGCGCGGAGCUUGCAGUCACUUUGCGAGGAGGAGCGCGCGGGCUGCGGGCGGCUGGGGCACCCGGGAGCGGCGGCGGGCUGGCAGAGGCGGCCGUGGCAGCGGAAGGUUCUCUCUCCGGGGCUGGACUUAAUAACUUUGGAACUGUCCGCCGGUGUCACGUCCUGAACAUGAGCCUCCUCCUCUCCUUCUACCUGCUCGGGUUGCUGGUCAGUAGCGGGCAAGCUCUUCUUCAAGUGACAAUUUCACUCAGCAAAGUAGAGCUUAGUGUUGGUGAAUCGAAAUUCUUCACAUGUACAGCAAUUGGUGAGCCUGAGAGUAUAGACUGGUACAAUCCUCAAGGAGAGAAAAUCAUUUCAACACAGAGGGUUAUGCUUCAGAAGGAAGGUGUUAGGUCACGACUAACCAUCUACAAUGCAAAUAUAGAAGAUGCAGGGAUAUAUCGCUGCCAAGCGACAGAUGCCAAAGGACAGACACAAGAAGCUACAGUAGUUUUGGAAAUUUACCAAAAACUCACCUUCAGAGAUGUGGUGUCCCCACAAGAAUUCAAGCAAGGGGAAGACGCAGAAGUGGUUUGCAGAGUGAGCAGUUCUCCCGCCCCUGCUGUCAGCUGGUUGUAUCACAAUGAGGAAGUCACCACCAUUCCCGACAAUCGGUUUGCUGUGCUUGCAAACAAUAAUUUGCAGAUUCUCAACAUCAAUAAAAGUGAUGAAGGUAUAUACAGAUGUGAAGGAAGAGUAGAGGCUAGGGGAGAGAUUGACUUCCGAGAUAUCAUUGUUAUUGUUAACGUACCCCCGGCUAUUGUGAUGCCCCAGAAGUCUUUCAAUGCUACUGCAGAGAGAGGAGAAGAGAUGACCCUAACCUGCAGGGCCUCGGGCUCUCCAGAUCCUACCAUCAAUUGGUUCAGGAAUGGCAAACUCAUUGAAGAAAAUGAAAAGUAUAGUUUAAAGGGCAGUAACACAGAACUCACUGUCAGGAACAUAAUCAAUAAAGAUGGGGGCUCUUAUAUCUGCAAAGCCACAAAUAAGGCAGGAGAAGAUCAAAAGCAGGCCUUCCUUCAAGUCUUUGUACAGCCUCAUAUAUUACAACUUAAAAAUGAGACAACGUACGAGAAUGGUCAUGUGACACUCAUUUGUGAAGCAGAGGGUGAGCCGGUUCCAGAAAUCACAUGGAAGAGAGCCAUGGAUGGUGCCACGUUUUCUGAGGGUGAUAAGAGCCCAGAUGGCCGCAUUGAAGUCAAAGGGCAGCAUGGACACUCCUCACUGCACAUCAGAGAUGUGAAGUUAACAGAUUCGGGGAGAUAUGACUGUGAGGCUGCGAGUAGAAUUGGUGGGCACCAAAGGAGCAUGCAUCUUGACAUUGAAUAUGCUCCUAAAUUUGUUUCAAAUCAGACAAUGUAUUAUUCUUGGGAAGGAAAUCCAAUCAAUAUAAGUUGUGAUGUGAAAGCAAAUCCACCUGCAUCAAUCCAUUGGAGAAGAGACAAACUGCUCUUACCGGCUAAAAAUACCACUCACUUAAAAACAUACAGUGUAGGAAGAAAGAUGAUACUGGAGGUUGCCCCUACAUCGGACAAUGACUUCGGACGAUAUAACUGCACAGCUACUAACCGUAUAGGCACAAGGUUUCAGGAGUAUAUUCUUGAGUUAGCAGAUGUGCCCUCUAGUCCCCACGGAGUGAGGAUUAUAGAGCUCUCACAGACCACAGCCAAGGUCUCCUUCAACAAACCCGACUCCCAUGGAGGUGUGCCUAUUCAUCACUAUCAAGUGGAUGUCAAAGAGGUAGCAUCAGAAACCUGGAAAAUAGUACGCUCCCAUGGAGUUCAGACAAUGGUUGUUUUGAGCAGCCUGGAACCAAAUACGACUUACGAAAUCAGGGUAGCAGCGGUAAAUGGCAAAGGGCAAGGUGACUACAGCAAAAUAGAAAUAUUCCAGACUCUGCCAGUCCGUGAGCCAAGUCCGCCUUCCAUACAUGGACAGCCAAGCAGUGGGAAGAGUUUUAAAAUCAGCAUCACCAAACAGGAUGAUGGAGGGGCUCCCAUUUUAGAGUACAUUGUGAAAUACAGAAGCAAAGACAAGGAAGAUCAGUGGCUGGAGAAGAAGGUCCAGGGAAACAAAGACCACAUUAUUUUGGAGCAUCUGCAGUGGACAAUGGGCUAUGAAGUGCAAAUCACAGCUGCCAACAGACUGGGGUAUUCUGAGCCCACCGUAUAUGAGUUCAGCAUGCCCCCAAAGCCCAACAUUAUUAAAGAUAACUGCUGUGAUGCGAAUAAAGGUGAAAAUGGAAGCCAUUCAUGGCAGCUGAAUGCUGCUAGGUUUUCUCUCAUUAUAGCCAUGAGUUUGGUCUUGCUUGUUUGAUGUUAAUAUGUUCUAAGCCACUCCCUGAACAGAGAUAAACAAAAGAUAGCAACUGGCUAAUCAACAAUUAUAAUAAAAAUUUUUGUAGUCUAAUUUAUCUUUACACAAUUAGCUUUCCCCUAUUUUCACCACAUCGUCUAAUUUUACCUUGAUAACAUGGAAGAAAGCAACGCAGAAGGAAAUUCCAGAAGGACUUUUUUCUUUCAACUUCUUUUUCAGUAACAAUGCUUCACUCCAGAGACUUUUAUUUUGCGAAGUAGAUUUUGUAAUAUACAGUUACCUUCUACAUUGAACUUAUGCAUUUUCUAUAGCAAGUCCUGUUUUCAUUUGAUUAGUUUACAAAUAUAAUUCAACAUCUAUCCAUAAAUAUAAAACAUGAAUUGUUGGUUUAUAAAAUCAUGAAACAUUCCAUAAUCCUUUAAAGCUGUUAAACGAAAGUUUUUGGUUUUGUCAACAUUUCUAAAAUUUUAUAGUUUCUGCCAUUUAUAUAAAACACAAAGUUGAUACCUUAAUAUUUGAGAUACAUAUAUAGUUUACUCUGCGUUCUGUAAUUUAAGAUAAACAGUGUCUGAUGAAACAAAAGUGAAUCAAUUUUCUUCUUUUAAAUUUGAAAAUCCAAUUAAAAUUAUCUUAAGUGAAAAGUCCUCUCUACCAUUGUCCUGACUUUGUAAAUUUAAUCUCCGUUCCAGUGAUAUUUUGGUCAGGAUCCAAGUGCUGCAAAUCUAACACCCUAUGCUUGUAUGUAUUGCAUUUUUCUGAACUCCAGACAGUCCUGUCUGUGCAAGCAUCAGAAUGAGAAAUGACUAUUUUAGGCAUUACUUUACUGAAAAUGAGAUAAGAAAAAGAAGCUGUUGAAUUCAGAUUUUCAAAAGAAGUUCAAUUGGAAGAAAUGCACAAAGAAUGGUGUCAUUUUCUCCAGUUUCAGUUAUUUGAAAAUGAAAAGAAUGUGAUGUUAGCUAUCAACCACAUCCUAAAAUGUAAUGCUCACUACUUACGCCAAUUUGGAACACACACACACACACACACACACACACACACACACACACACACAGUUUAUAAAGACAAACUUUAAGUCCUUACUUGAUAAAUCAAAAAACUAAAUUUCAACUUUCAAGAUUCAACAACCAAAAUCAAGCAUUAAGCUUCUCUGAAAGACUGUCUGUAUUUAUUUUGUUGAUACACGAACAUAUUAUUUAUUAUGAGAGGUCCAAAGUGAUUACAUAUGCAUUAAUGAUCAGUUGUAUUUUGAUUUAUAAUUUAGAACAUCCUUGCUUUCAACUAUUGCUUUUCUCUUGUAGUUUGCAAAAUAAUCUGAGAGAUGACUCAUUGAAAAAUAUUUUUCUUCUUUUCUGAAACAUAACCAAAAAUUCUAAUUCAUCCAGAAACUGAAUAUCUGGGGAAAUAUCUUUAAUUUUUUUGUAAUAUAACAGAAACCAUGUUUUUCUCAUUAGAUACCUAUUAAUGGAUUUGCAUUAGAGUUCUUGAUGUUUCACUUAGGAGAUGAUAUGUUCAUUAUUGAUGAGGAGAAAAUCUUGACAGUGAAGGAAAUUCAGGUAACACGCUUCUAAGCAUUUUUCCCAUUCUUUAGUCCAUUACUCAAUCCUAGUAAGUGAAAGAUUACCAUGAAAAAAAUGUCACAUGUUAUUUAACCUGACUUGACAUCAGAAAACACGAAAUACAUGAUUAGUCAAUCAUAUGUUUUUGAUUUUUAAGUUUAUAUCCCAUAACAGCAUUCUAAAAGUGAUAUGAUGAGCACUCAGCCUCACAGAUAGAAAUGAAUUCAUGAGAAUUUUAUAGAAAUUAAAAAUAAUCCUUGUGUGCUUUGCUGUUUUUCCACGUAAUUGAAAGGCACCAAAUACCUAACAAUGAAGUUAUUCCAUUGCACCAAGGGACCCCAGAAAUUACACACUUAUUGAUGCAGAAAGGAAUUGGCAAGGUUCUUGUUGCUAAGUUAUGGCUUUUAUUAUCAAGCUUCAUUAAUGUGUGAAAACAUCAACCUUACCACUACAUCCAUUUUUCUACUUACCAUUACUCAAUGAAUAUCUGCAAUGUGAUUCAUGGUUUAAAAAAAAUCUUGUACUUCUUAGUUUCUAACACCUACUUUUCUCCUGUUUGUUUUUAAACUUCAAUUAUUGAAGGUUUAGGAAUGUGUGCGUUGAGGUGAGUGUACUAUUAGUUAUUAUAGGUAUUUAGAGAUUUUUGAUCUAACAAUAGGUCUGUCAUGACUCCCCUGUUUCAGUAGUAUCACAGUAAGAGAGCUAAGUGGAUCUGCUUAUGCAUGCCAUGUUAUAUGUGUAUGUGUGAUGUCUUUUCAUUCAUUUGAGAAUGCCUCCAUUUUCUUUUCUCAACUCUAGCAAAGUAACCCUGGCAUCUACUCUCAGUAGACUCUUUCCUAAUAAAAAUGUAAUAAUUAUUUAUUAGGUCACUGUAGGGCCUGAAAUAGAUGGCUAGGCUGUAGGAAUAGGUUCUUCCCUACAAAAUGACUUCUCAGAAUUAUUGCCAUUCCAAAUUCUCCACUUUAUAAUCUAUGGAUUUUAUAUAACUAAACAUAAUUUUAUGAAAUCCAUGUUUAGGCUCUUUCAAGACCUGUGAGGGUAAAUAUAUGUAUAUUACUAAUUAACAAUAAAAAUUUUGACAUUUUAAUGGCUUUAUCCUUUUUUAUUUUCCUUUUCAUAAUUUAUCUAAACAUUUAAGAGUUUAAUUAAUUAUAUUUCAGUAAACUUUAAGCUUUAAAUUCUUAUUUCUAAUGUGUUCUUUAUGUAAGUAUAAUUAGUUUUAGUUCUACUUAUAUGUAACAAAUGCAUUCACAAAUUUUAUUUUAUAAGUCUUAAAACAUUCACCUUUAUGCUUUAAGUUAAUUAUUUAAAAGGAUGUAUAUGACUAUACAAGUUGUAUAAAUGAAAUUAGCUUGAUAACUGCCAUUCAUUAAUUCAAAUACUGUGUAACACUGCCCAUAUAUUAGGAUUAAUUUAUAUUUAAAUCAAUGUGUGAAAACUUUCAGUGAAUCCUCUGUAUUUUAAUCUAACUAUUCUUUGAAUUUAUCAAGGCAUAUUGUACAUCACAGUUUUGUCAUAUAUAAUUGAAUCAGGAUGGACACUUUUUUAUAUACAAAUAUUUAAGCAUGAUAUGAUAAUCACCAAGAAGCAAUAAUUUGACAAUUUAAGAUGACUAACAAUAGAUCAAUAGAAAGCAACGUCUUAAUCUUAUUUUCAAGAAAAAUGUUCAGCAUUAUAUUUGGGAACAUCUCUUUUCAGUGAAAACAUGAGAAAUAUUCCUGGUGACACAAAAUCUUGUUAAAAAUUCAAAAGUUGUUUUAAAAAUGCAAGUAAUUAAAUUUUUUCAUUUUGUUGUAAUGUUAGAAAUAUCAAGAGUUCUAGAAAGACAGUGAUAGUAGUAACUAUCAUCAUACAUAAUUAUCUGAAAUAAUGCCACCUGAAUAAAUAAAUAAACAUACAUAGAAGUAAAUGGCCUAAAUAACUUGCCAUUUUUUAGGUAUUUUGUGAUGGUUGAUUUCAGUGGUGCAUGAUGCCUUGGCUUUUAACAAUUUCAAUGACUCUGGUUAAGUAACCUUUCUCUCCUCAAAAACCUCUUCUUUAUAAUUAUGCCACCAUCUUUAGAAACUCUUUACCCCUCCUGCCAUUUAUUCUUUUUUAUGUGAAGGAAUAAGUAUAUUUCCUAUACUUUGUUUUCUGUUAAACAUACAUAAAAUCCAUUUCUUGCCCCUGUAGUUACAGAAAAAUAUAGCAUAAAAUAUUAAGUCAAUGUAUUUAACCGAUUGUUCACAUUUCCCUUUCACGUAAUGGAAUACAUAACAGUUCCGGAUUUGAUUAUGAAAUCAACUUAAAUUGCAGUCCAAUGCCCAUAUAAAUUAUGUCAUGAAUAAAAUAGAAAGUUAAUUUCACUACAGAAGAUUUUCUAAUAUGAAGUUUACUACUUUCCUAAAGUAAAAAUAGUACUUCUAUUUUUUUCAUUGAAUGCCCUUCCCAAUAAUGAAUAAAUCAGAUUAUUACUCUGUAGUCAAUAUUUUAAAAUUAUAUUUUAUGUUUUCACAGAUGACAAUAGGUACAUUUAGUUUAAAACUAAUUUAUAUGUACCAUGGUAAGACAAUUAUGGCUUCCAUAUCAAGCUUUAGUUUACAGAAUUUAAAUUUGUUACAUCUACGAUGACAUACUGGGUAAAAUUAACAUUCAUAUAUUGAAUCUCCUCCAACUCACAGUUACUAACUUUUAACCCUAAAAUAUUUGUUAUGAAAUGCUUCAUAUAUAAAGUGGUUAUUUUAUAAAAUCAUUCUAUCAGAAUUUCUUGAAAUGGAAGGAAAACAACUUUGAAGGGGUGUAAAAGUGCACAUGUUUAAUUAAAGUGUGUUGUACAUGCUUUGGAGGCACUCAGAUCUGUGAUGACAUCUUCUAUAGGUUGAUACUCAUCUUAUCUAUUGUAAAAUACAGUCAUGAAUUCAUCCACAUACACCUACAUUUCAUUUUAAUAUUAAAUAAAAUUGGUUGUUUUAUAUCUAUUGGUCAAACAGUUUCUCAAUUUAUGUAUAUUUAAUAUGUACUAUUUAUCACUUUGCUUUAAGGAGAACAAUAAAAACUUAGAGGUUAUGAAAGUUGUGUAAUUUUUAAAAUACAGCAUCAUUUAAAAAUUAUACUUGAUUCCAUUUAAUUUUAUGUGUGUACUAAAAGGGCAAUGUGAACUGGUUCUUUCAAGAGAAAUAAACUAAAAUUUACUGCUUUAAAUAACAUCCACAAUUCACUUAUUUAUGACUUCUAUCAUAUUUUUACAUUGACCUUAUGUAUAAUUUUUAUACUUAAAACUGACUAUUUGGAUCAUCUUAGUUGCAUUUGUUUUCAUCGCAGAUCAUUUUAUUGAAAAUAUGUACGUGUUGUAAAUGUAUUGUCUUUGGUAUCAUCUCUUAUUUAACACCUCCCAUAUAUUAUCCAGUGCAAUGUGUAAUCCUGUGCAUGUGUGCCAUGGUGGAUUCAAUGUCAUUUUAUUUUAUGUAUUUCUGUCUCCUCCAUUGUUGUAAUAAAGAAAACU